AUGGCCGUUGGCAUGAAUGUUUCCCAAGCCACGGAGCUGUGUGAUAAGAUGCCAUUCAAAGGGCGCAUUGUCAUCGCUGCGUACAAUGCUCCUGCCAGCGUGACACUUUCUGGCGAUUAUGAUGCGAUCCAAGAAGCCAAAGAAAAUCUUGAUGCCAAAAAUGUCUUUGCAAGAAUACUCAAGGUUGAGACAGCGUAUCAUUCGCAUCACAUGGAAUUGCACACCGAUAGAUACAUGUCUUCAUUGAAGGCCUGUAACAUCCAAGUGCGGACCCCCAAGCAAGAUUGCAAAUGGAUUUCAACUGUCCAAGAGACGUUUGAUUUCUAUGGCGAAGGGCUGAAAACUCUCAAGGACCAAUAUUGGGUUGAUAACAUGCUACAGCCAGUGCGAUUCUCUCAAGCCGUCGAAAGCCAUUUUAAUGGUGGAAGGGAUUUUGAUCUAUGCGUUGAAGUUGGGCCUCACUCUGCCCUGGAAGGCCCUGUUUCACAUAUCCGUGACUCUUUAAAUGCCAAAAAGAUUCCAUAUCUGUCACUUCUCAAACGAUAUAUAGAUGAUGUGAAAGCUACAUCCUCUGCUCUAGGGGCUGUGUGGGAGAUCUUCGGCCCACAACAUAUCGACAUCGCCCGAUACCUUCAGACCAUCAGCUCACAACUGCCGCGAUUUCUCAAAGACCUACCGACAUACAGCUGGGAUCAUGAUCAAAAUUUCUGGAGGGAGCCACGCGCAUCACGGCGAUAUCGUCUUGAGGGUACUCGGUCCCAUCCGCUUUUGGGUCGAAGAAUCCCCGACGAUUCAAAUGAAAGCCCACGCUGGAGAAACAUACUCCAUCUGAACGAGCUACAUUGGCUUCGUGAGUAUAGGCAUAAGGGGAAAAUACUGUUCCCUAACACCGGUUACAUUGCCUUGUUGGUAGAGACCGCCAUGUCCCUCGCAGCGGGACGAUCGAUCGCUCUUCUGGAGAUUCAAGAUUUGGUCGUCUCGAAAGUAAUUGAGCUUACUGAAGAAGAUACGGGGGUUGAGUGUAUUUCUUCUCUUAGCAUCUUGCACCAGUCAUCAACAGAAUUUUCAUCCGGUUAUCUUGAAGCUUACUUCACUUGUGAAACAUGCUGUGCUCAAACAGAAGUCCUUGAAAGAUCAUGUACGGCGCGUGUUAUACUCCAUUUUGGACCUGCUUCUGCAGAAGAGCUUCCCCUAAGAGGUAAUCAGCUGGAGAAGCUCGUUAAUGUCAACUGUGAUGACUUUUAUCAUACACUGCAGUCCGUUGGCCUUGAGUACCGCGGGGCUUUCCAAAAAAUCGUCUCAAUGGCCAGAAGUCCACACCAUUCCGUUGCCACUGUGUCUUUCGAAGGAGAAAAUCUUCUUUCAGACUACCACUUGCAUCCGACUCUAUUAGAAGCUGCAGUGCAGUCACUCAUUGGAGCAUUUUCAUCUCCUCUCCAUGAUGCCUUAUGUUCUGCCUAUAUUCCAAUGCAGGCUACUCAAGUUCUCAUCAACCCACAUCUCUCAAAUGAGAUAAACGCAGAGACGCCGAGGUUUGAAAUUGACGCCACAGUAACAAGGUCAAACUCAGAAGGAAUUGAAGGCGAAGUCUCGUUGUUCAAUCUCCGUGGGCAGUCAAUUGUACAGGUCGUAGGAUUAUGCUUGAAUUCUACCGAGGAAGCCACUGCCCCUUUUGAUAGAAAAAUAUUCUCUCGGCUGACCUGGAAGAUUGAUCCUUUUUUGGGGUCAUUCCCGCUUGUCCAAAAGGAAAUACCGAAGAAUGAUGACAUUCUACUGGGGAGAAUUGAAAGAGCAGCACUCUUUUACCUCCAAAACCUUGUGUUUGAGAUCGACACACGUGAAAUUCCGUCAUUCGCCCAACACCACCAGCUUUUCUAUCAUGAAGUGCUCCGACUCAUUGAAUCUGUCAAAAAUAAUCAACACCCGACGCUGAAGGCCGAAUGGCUUGAUGACCGCGAGCAUGAUAUCAAAAGUGACCACCAGAGACAUAUGAGUAACAUUGAGCUCGAAAUAAUCCACAGAAUUGGUCCACUCCUACCGCAAUACCUCCGACAGGAGAUUGAUGCAGAAAAAAUGAUCAAUAGGAAUGAACUUGAACGACUCUACUUGGAAAGCACAAGCUUUUCUCCAAUGCAAAAUGUGGUUUACGAAGCCGUCGAGCUGGCUCUUCACAAAUAUCCCCAAAUGCAGAUACUUGGACUAGGCACAGGGGCUCAAACCUUUACAAGUAAAGUGCAGACUAUGAUCAAGGACAACCGUUUCAAUGGUACUUUCACAACAGGGGAUCUUCCCGGAGACAAUACCUCACCUCCAAUACAUCUAACAGCCGAUGCAGUGUCAUUCGGUUCAAUUGAUGGUAUGAAAAAUGAGGCGUUCGAUUCGAAUGAUGUAGCUGAGUCCUAUGAUAUGAUUGUUUUGAUCAAUACCUUCAACUUGCCUCGAACGCCGACAAGUUCUCUUAGACGCAUGCGCCCUCUUUUGAAACCCGGUGGAUGUAUUGUUCUAGUCGAAACGACUGGCCGCAUGGACAUAUUGUUGUUUCUAAUUAUGGGUGUCACUUCUUCGUGGUGGCAUAAAUCUGACGCAAUUCAACCCAGCUGUCCUAGAUCAACAGUUUCCCUUGCUGAAUGGGAUCAAAGACUGCGUUAUUCCGGCUUUUCCGGUGUCGAUGGAGUAUCGCACGAUGCACCACAUCCAGAUAAUCAUUGUUUUUCGGUAAUUGUCUCACAGGCGGUGGAUAAUUACACGCACCUUCUUCGUCAGCCAAAACUAUGUUCAGAACGAAGCCUCGUACCGGAGACUUUAGUGAUUCUUGGUGGAAAAACGUUACCAGUGUGUCGCUUGGCGCACAGUCUGAAGAAUUCCUUUUCUCAUUUGGGCACUGCUGUCAGGAUGGUGUCUACAAUCGAAGACUUUAAUAUGUCCUGUCCUCCAGAUGGUGUAUCCGUGAUCUCAUUGACAGAUCUGGAAUAUCCACACUUAACGGGAGAGCUGUCCCACCACAAUUUAAGUGUCUUGAGAAGCCUACUUCAAAAGUCGAAGUGCACUCUUUGGCUGACGACCGGCCGAAUUUCGGGCCAGUCACUUUCGAACAUGACUACUGGCCUGGGCCGGGCAUUCAAAUCUGAGACUCCAAGCAUGAUUCUACAGUUUUUGGAUAUCCUCAAGCUGGAGACAGGGCUAAUCACGACGAUCAUGGAUGUUUUCUUGCGACUCUCAUGGUCUCACCUUCCUUGGAUACGCGAUAAGGAUAGAUUGUGGUUAACAGAACCUGAGAUCCAUUUUGACGGCCAGAGUCUGCUUGUCCCACGCGUUGUUCCCGAUUUUGAAAUGAAUUCAAGACACAAAUCUACUCAUCUACAGUCGCUGCAAGAGUUUGAUAUCGACCAGCACUUUGUCGAAAUUAAAGAAUCAUCUCAAGUGGUAGCGUAUAUUGAAAAAGUCUCUCAGAAUAUCAGACGUGGCGUGGAUCUGCUACCGUUUCGAACUCGGUUUUCAGUUCCUCUCUCACCGAGUGUUUCUAACCGCCUCUUUCUUUGGCUCGGCACCACUUGUGAUGGCACAUGCACCGCACUCGGUCUCACCGAGCGUAACACAUCCAAUGUGUUAGCCAGGAUCAAGGAUGUCUACAUCUUGGAUGAGCAAAAGGCUACCGUUGAGCUGUUCAGAUUGGCUGCAAGCUUCAUUUUCGCAAGGCAUCUGGCAUUGUCAACCCCAUCUCAUGGUUCCAUCCUAAUAUACUCUCCUGCCAACAGUAUGACCGCAGCUGUCCAAAAAAGUCAUCGUCUGUCAGGGAGGGACAUUCACUUUGUCAGUUCAAAAUUUACCAGUAUUGGAAAGAGAUGGAUUGGGAUCCACCCGCGAGCGUCUCCUCUGGCAUUGCAGCGUACAUUGCCGAAGAAUGUGGCUUGCUUCAUUGACCUAUCCACUGCUCCAAAUGACAGUCUCCGAUACACCCUUCGCGACAUGUAUAGAGAUAUUGUUCAGGAGUCCUGCACCGAAGCUCUAGCCGCACUCAACGAACCGCUUUUCGGGUCUUCUGACAUUUUUAGCGUCGACGAAUUCAGUCGCGGUUCAGCCUCACGAUACAUAUACCCUGCGAUACUAGACUGGACUGGAAUAGAGAAAAUCCACUCUCAGCUUCGGGGUACCGAUGAAGAUCAUCAGUUUUCAUCCGUAAAAACCUAUGUGAUGGUAAACAUGACAGACCCGCUCGGACUGUCAAUUAUCACAUGGAUGGCAACAAGAGGAGCACGGAAUUUCAUUUUGAUCAACAAGUAUCAUGUUGACCAGGGGUUUUUGGAAGAGAUGGCAGCUUUGGACACGGUCAUCAAGGUCAUGAAACUGGAUUCCACCAACAAGGAGUCGAUGCAAUCAUAUUGCACGGAAGCAAUGAGCUCAAUGCCGUCCAUCGCGGGCAUUUGUAUCGCUUCGAUGAAUCUAUCAGUCAACAUGGCAGACGUGGAAGCUUCUGCUAAAUUGGAAACUCAAUUAGAUCCAGUCAUCCAAUCAGCAGAGUGUCUCUCUGAAAUUUUCUCUCGGCCCAAUCUGGAAUUUUUUGUGAUUCUGUCCUCUCUGGAUGCCUUUGCUGCAGUGCCAUACAAUCCCCUCGACGCUGCCUCAACUGUUAUGAUGUCAGGUCUCAUACAGCGGCGAAGAAGAAAAAGUCUUCCGGGAUCAAUCCUCCAUAUUGGCAUGGUUGUUGAUGUCGGGUAUGUGGCAAGACAAAAGAAAGAAACGAUACAACAUAUGAAUCAGCUCGGUUAUGCGACAUUGUCCCAAUCGGAGAUUUAUAGUUCUUUUGUCCAAGCAAUUGUUUCCGGUGCUCCUGACGCCCAUAGAGGUCCCGAACUAUUCGUUGGGCUCGCGAUGGCCGAGCAUCCCUCCGACGGUUUAACCAAGCCUAUUUGGGGAACUAACCCGCUCUUCUCUCACUUUUUGCGGAAUGAGAAUCCUCAACAGGAACAGUUGCCAGAUUUCAGCUCGAUGGAGUCAACUGUCAUGGAUCAGCUACAAGCUUGUACAUCCAAGGAAAAGGCGUUGUCUGUCCUUGAGAAAUGGCUGUCCUCCAAGGUGGAACAAAUGCUCAAAAUACCUUCUGGAACCUUGGACACCGAUGUUCCGCUUCUUGAUUUUGGUUUCGAUUCUUUGACUGGUCUUGAAGUCAGAUCUUGGUUCUCUCAGGAGAUUCAUGUUGAGAUUCCGGCUUAUACCACUCUGCAUAGUACUAUAUCAGAGCUUUGCAAUACUGCUCUAGAAGGGUUCAUGGGCCAGGGGGUCCAAAAUUAUGACUCAAUAUUGUUCCAGGGCGACUCUCAGAGUACUGCUUCCGAGAUCUCGUCCUCUAAAACCAACAUUGGCAGCUCUGAUCAGUCCGCGAAGUCUGAAGAAACUUUGAUCUCCGAGAACCACAGUUCCCACCCGGUCAAAGUUUUGAGCCAGAAUCAACCAGAGAGCCUCAUCCCCGGCAGAUAUCAAAAGCUUGAGGAAAUGUCACCCUAUCAAUCAUUAAUCUGGUUUGCGGCAAAUUGGAUGAAAGAUCAAUCUCAAUACAAUGUUGUGAUCUCAUACAAUGUCGAAGGACUAUUUGAUGUUGAAAGAUUUGAGUAUGCACUCGCGAACGUGGUGUCAAGACAUGGCUCUCUACGUACUGCCUUCUUUGAAGAUCCUGUCAGUGGCCAAUUGCAACAAGGUGUUUUAGAACACUCCAUGUCCUUUUUCCAACAUAUCGAUACAUCAGAUCCUGCAAUCGUCUCUCGGGAAUUUGAGAAGGCUGCAACUCAUCAGUGGCAAUUGGUAAAUGGGGAAGUAUUUCGAGUCACUGUGGUUUCUGUUGGCGAGAAAGCACAUAACAUCAUAUUCAGCUAUCAUCACAUCAUAAUGGAUGGCUUUAGUUGGUCAAUACUCCUGAACGACGUGAAGUGCUUUUUCGAGCUGAGACCUCCUCAUACCUAUGCUUCUCAAUAUAUCGACUACUCCAUUUCACAAAACCUCGCCAUUCGAGAUGGUGCGUUCGAUAAAGAGCUUAGCUUUUGGAGACAGGAGUUAUCCCCCUUACCUGAUGUGAUGCCUCUUCUUCCAUUUGCCAAGUCAAAAGUCCGAGAGUCUUCAGAUGACUACAAAACUCAUACGACAACUAGAGAAAUAGGGAAAGCAAUCGCAGAUCAGAUCAAAAGUGCCAGUCGUGACCUACGAGGCACACCGUUCCAGUUUUUCAUGACGUGUCUCCAAAUUCUCUUCGCGAGACUUUUAGAGAAAGACAAAAUCUGCAUAGGAAUAGGUGACGCAAAUCGGAAACAAAGCCAGUUUUCGAGUACGGUUGGCUAUUUCGUGAAUGUGAUGCCAGUCCAGUCGGAUAUUUCUCGGGAUGACACAUUUCCCAGCGUGUUUCAACGAACCACAAAGAAGGUCUUGUCGGUUCUUUCAAACUCCUCUGUGCCUUCCAGCCUCGUCCUGGAUGCACUCAAGGUUCCAAGGUCCUCAUACUAUACUCCACUGUUCCAGGUGGCGCUCAAUUAUCGCGUUGGUGAGAUCACAAAACUUUCACUUGGAAAGUUUGAGCUCAACUAUGAUCGUAGUAUCAUGGGAAGUGCACCUUACGACAUCUCAUUCCAUGUGACUCCCACUGCAGCUGGUACAUUUCUAUUGGACUUGACGUGCCGCAAUUGCCUCUAUUCUCCCGAGGCCGCGGAGCACAUCUUGAAGCUUUAUACCGACCUUUUGUACACCUUCGCGCCCGAUCCCUCCAGUACAUCAUUUGAAAACCUUCUCGGCCCACAGAAGACUACAGAGCCUAAAAUUUCUAUUCGCCGAGGACCACGUGUCAAGCAUCACUGGCCCACCACUUUACCAGGAAGAUUUGAGAUAAUUUCGGAAUUGUUCAGAGACAAGAUCGCGGUAAAGCAAGAUUCGAUGGAAUAUAGCUACGCACAACUGGGAUCAUAUGUCAGUCGCAUCGAGAAUUCCCUUGAAUCUUUGGGGGUAACUCGCAGUGAAGCCAUCGCAGUUUUGUGUGAGCCAUCGGUAGCCUCUGUGGCUUGCAUGCUUGCGGUACUUCGCCUUGGGGGUAUAUAUGUGCCUCUGGAUCUCAGUGUGCCUGCAGCUAGACAUUCGGCAAUGAUCGCGAGCUCUGGAGCAAAGACUCUUCUUUGUAUUCCAUCGACCCAGAAAAGAGCUACACUCCUGAACCCGGGGCAUGUUUUGGAUGUUUCCAGUCUUGAUAGCCACCUGGAUUUACCCACCAAAGACAAGAGCAGUGGGACUGCACCAUCGGUCUUGCUGUAUACCAGUGGAUCAACUGGAGAGCCAAAGGGCGUUCUUCUACCUCAAGUAGGAUUUAUCAAUUAUCUUGCAGCGAAGGAGAAGGAACUCUCUCUAGAUAGUAGAGUUGUGGUCUUACAGCAAAGCUCGAUUGGAUUUGACAUGGGGCUCGCGCAGACCCUGAAUUCUAUCAUGAACGGUGGAAAGCUUGUCAUCCCGCACGGGGGGGACCCAAUCGAGAUUGCCAAAAUCAUUCGAAAGGAAGAAGUAACAUUCACUCUGGCUACCCCUUCAGAGUAUCUUGCUUUGCUCCAGCAUGCUCGCGAACUCUUAAAAGGGGUCACGACCUGGCGAUCUGCCUGCUUGGGCGGAGAAUCUUUUACAGAUCGCCUCAAGAUGGAAUUCACUCAACUAGGACCAAACUGUCCUACCGUUCAAGACUCAUACGGUGUGACUGAAAUUUCGGCCUGUACCUCCUUCGAGACUAUGUCCGUGUCACAGGUCCAGACGGCCCGCAGUGUAGGAAAGGCCAUUCAAAACACUUCUCUUUAUGUCCUUGAUGAGAAUCAAAACCCUGUUGAUCUUGGAGUCUCUGGUGAAGUGUGCGUUGGUGGUGUGGGGAUUGCUUUGGGGUACUUGAACGAAGAACAAACCCGGUCGAAAUUUCUUCAGGAUCCUUUUGCGACCCCUUAUGAUGUCGAUCAAGGUUGGACACGACUGUACCGUACGGGAGACAGAGGUUGUCUCAUGGAGGAUGGUUCUCUCAUUCACAUGGGUCGCAUGGACGGAAAUACUGAAAUCAAGCUCCGCGGGCUUCGCAUAGAUCUUGAGGAUGUCGGCUCCACUUUGGUAAACUCAGCCCCCAAGCUGCUCUCUUCAGCCGUUGUAUGUGUCAAGGGCGAAGGUGACGACAAAAUGCUAGUCGCAUAUGUCGCUUUAGUUCCCGGGGCAGGUGCAAAUGAUGAUGAGCUCCGGCUUCUCGCGAGCAAACUUCCAUUGCCACAGUACAUGUGCCCAACCAAAGUCAUCCCACUAGAUGAUCUCCCUCGAAAUUCAAAUGGGAAGAUUGACCGAAAGAAGAUUGAGAGCCUUCCCUUUAUAUAUCUCGAUCCAACCGCCCCUCAAUCAACAUCAUCUGCUCGCUUGACACUGGGUGAAGGCGAGCUCAAAUUACUCUGGCAGAAGGUCCUUCCUGAUGACUCCCAAAUCCAACCCGAUUCGGAUUUCUUUACUUUAGGUGGAAAUUCCCUCAUGCUUGUGAAGUUGCAAAGUUCCAUUCGGACAUCUAUCGGGGUAGCGCUCACUCUUCGAGAUCUCUAUGCUUCUUCCACACUAUCUAGCAUGGCGGCCAAAGUGGACACCGAGAAGGCAAAGUCUCCCGUGAAAACUGUCAACUGGUUCGAAGAAACACUCGUCCCGGAAGAUAUCAUUGCAUCUUCAGACCAGAUUCCCUUGCCACGUUCUUUGCAAUCGUCUGAUCGUGAAAUCCUUCUCACCGGAUCGACAAGUUUCCUUGGAAAGGCACUUGUUCAGGCACUUGGGCAAAAUCAUAAUGUGAAAAGAAUCCAUUGCGUUGCUGUUGAGGAGCGCGAGAAGAAGACUCUUGCCGGUGAUGAUAAGGUCAUCAUCUACUCAGGGACUCUUCUCGACUCUUCACUUGGGCUAUCUCCAGACCAGCAGUCGGCCCUGAAAGCAUGUAUUGAUAUCGUCAUUCAUGCAGGGUCUAACGGACACUGUCUGAACUUCUACAACUCACUGAAGAAGCCUAAUCUACUUUCCACUCACUUUCUGGCAAGGAUUUGUCUUCAAGGUCGGAUACCUAUGCACUUCAUAUCUUCACCGCGAGUUAUUCUUCUCUCUGGAAAAGCAUCUCUAGGUCCGAUCUCUCUUUCCUCGCAUCCUCCUCCCGCAGAUGGCUCUGAAGGCCUAACAGCAAGCAAGUGGGCAAGUGAGUCUUUCCUUGAAGCCUUCGCUGAAAGGACUGGUUCCCCUGUGGUGAUUCAUCGACCCUGCACAGCCAUUGGUGAGAAUGCACCACACCAAGAUGCAUUGAACUCCAUGUUACGCUACUCAAAUAUUAUGGGAGCCACCCCACAUAUGACAAAUGUGGAUGGCUAUUUGGACUUCCAGAAUGUGGAAGUUCUUGCGCAUGAGAUUGUUUCUCAAGUGAUGGUUGAAGUCAGUGGGCCUUGCUCCUCGGUCAAAAUUUGUCACUACUCCAGUAAUACCAUGGUGCCUGUCCACAGUUUCAAGGAUUACAUGCAGCAAGUUCACAAGAGGCCUUUCGAGGAGUUCAGCCUCGAAGAUUGGAGUACUCGAGCUCUUGAGCUAGGAAUAGAACCUCUCAUCCCUAGCUUCCUCGAAGCUGUUGCGGAAAACACGGAAACAAUGUUUUUCCCAUAUUUGGGUACAGAUCAUUCAUGCUAA